GGUGGCUUGAGUUGAGAUGGUGUUGAAGCACGUGAAGGACGUCCUGAUCGUGGGCGGCGGCGUCAUGGGGUCUUCUGCAGCCUACCACUUGGCCAAGAAGGCCCCACACCUCAAGAUCACGGUGGUCGAGCGCUCGUUUGCGUACAAGCGGGCGUCGGCGGUGCUGUCCGCUGGAGGCAUUCGCAUGCAAUUCUCGGAACGGCCCAACAUCGAAAUGAGUCAGUAUGGAAUUCAGUUCCUCAAGAACGCUGGCCAGUUGUUGCAUGUGCCAGGGCACGACCCCGUCGACGUCCAGUUCACGGAAGGCGGGUACCUCUUCCUGGCGACCGAUCGCGGCACCAAAGUCCUCGAGCAAAACCAUGCGACUCAACGGUCCGUGAAUGCUAAGGUCGUACUCAUGAACCCGUCGGACCUCUCUGCUCGAUUUCCGUGGCUGGAUACGACGGACAUCUCGUGUGGCUCUUUGGGCCUUGAGGACGAAGGAUGGUUCGACCCGUGGUCCUAUUUGACUGGGCUCAAGAAGGCCAACACACAUCUCGGCGUCGAAUAUGUCGAAGGAACGAUUGUCGAACCCAUGGGCAAACGUGGUGACGUUAUCGACCACGUCACAGUCGCCACAACGCAAGGCGAAGUGGCUCAGUACGCGCCGGGCCACGUGGUCAACGCCGCCGGCGCUUGGGCGCAUGAAGUGGGCACGCUGGCGGGCAUCGCGGACCUCCCUGUUCGGGCGAGAAAACGCACGGUGUUCGUGUUUCACUGCCCGGAAGCUUCCAACUGGACCGGCACGAUGGCAUCACCGCUUGUCGUCGAUCCAAGCGGGGUUUACUUUCGUCGGGAAGGCGGCGCCGGGCAAUUCAUCUGCGGGGUGUCUCCUGCUGCCGAAGACGACCCGGACUGCGACGGCGACGACCUUCUUCAGCCGGACCACGCCCUCUUUGACGACAAGAUCUGGCCCACGAUUGCAGCCCGAGUUCCCGCGUUCAACGAGCUCAAGCUUGUGAACUCGUGGGCGGGUUUUUAUGACUACAAUACUUUCGACCACAAUGCGAUCUUGGGCCGCCAUCCCGACGUAGCGAAUUUGUUUUGCAUCAACGGAUUCAGCGGUCAUGGCCUCCAGCAGUCGCCUGCCGCCGGUCGUGCGAUCGCCGAGUUGAUCGUUGACGGAGCGUACACGUCGCUGGACUUGACGUGCUUUGGCUUUGACCGUAUCCGCGCCAACGCGCCCUACUUUGAGAAGAACAUCGUGUAAACGAUCUAUACCACGCAUAGAGAACAUGCGCCGCGCGUUCGGUUUGUUGGCUCCGUUGUCCAGUAGUGGGAAG